UCCUGCUUAGAAAAUUACGUGGAAAAAAAAAAAGAGGAAAAAAAACAAUUUAAAAAAAACAGGUCCGCGAUCCUUGAACUGUCGUUUGUUCGGAAACGAAACGCUUGGGACGUUGUAGCAGUUCAUCCUCUGACAAAUUGUGUUAUCGUGUUGGUGAGCGCAAUGGAAUCGCUUAAUGCGAUUAGAGCGUUGGGUGGCAGUUAUUAUCUCACCGCUAGCGUUGGAAGCUGUUUCAGUGGAAAAAUAAGCUCCUUUUAUUGUGGAAAUUGGAAAACGCUAUGAUCUGCCUAUAUUGAGAGAAGUACAAAAGCUGACCUCGAAUAUAUUAUAAAGUUUUUCACCUCGUCUUCCGGUGGACCUGGGCUCAAGGACCUUGCAACGGUAUGACGGCAUCUCUGAAUAGCUGCAGAGUGAUGCCUACGAUUUUAGCACUGUCACAAACUCUGUCCCACGGCAAAUGGCAGUUAUUCGAUAGGGUCGUUAGCAGCGACCGCUUUAAAGCUCUAACAGGGAGUCGUAGAGCACAGUCACUGAGCUACGGAAAUCACCAUCGUCCGGUGACAGCGACCCAACUCCGCCAUCACAGCUAUUGGCAUGGGGCAAGUUCUCGUCCUCUGCUUGCAUGUACGACGUACGAUGUUUUGAAGGCGACAGCUGACUCAAAGGGCAACAUGCCAGCAGUUGUGUCGUGUCACCAGGGCAUCAACAAGAACUACGACCAGUUUGCGCAAGAUGUCGACAAAUUGGCCGGAGGUUUGCUAAGUCUAGGCUACCCAGUCUCAACAAUGGUGGGAAUCAUCUCCGCGAACGUUUAUGAGUACAUGGUCGCUCAAUUUGCGACGGCUAAACUGGGCUGGAUAUUUGUUAACAUUAAUCCUGCCUUUCAAACGCCCGAACUCGAAUACGUACUCAAUCUGGCCCAAUGCAAAGUUUUGCUUAUCGGCGAGGAAAAGUAUAACGUGCAGAAUUUUCAUUGUAUGAUGUCGGAACUGAUACCCGGACUGGAAAAAAUGGUACCAACUCAAUUGAAAUCAAAGCGGGUUCCCCAUCUUCAAACAAUUAUAAACCUUGGAUCAGACAAAAAAGGUGGUUGUGUGUUCUAUAAGGACAUUCUGGAGGCGUAUACGCCGGCGCUUUCCCGCGCCGCGGACCAGAUCAACUCGAAAUUAGAUGUUGACUCAUUUACAAACGUACAAUUCACGUCUGGGACAACGGGCUACCCAAAGGCAGUACCCCUUACACAUCACAAUAUCGUGAACAAUGCGCGGACUCUUGGAGAGUGGUCAGGUGUAGCUCAGGACUCCGCAGCUUCCGUAUGCUUAAACGUGCCGCUCAUACAUUGUUUUGGAUGUGUCAUUGGCUCACUCAGUGCGAUCAUUCACGGCGCCAAACUCGUCAUGCCAGCCCCACGGUUUCAGGCCGCAGCCGCGUUAACCGCGAUAACUAAACACAAAUGUACGAUGGUUUUAGGAACUCCAACUAUGUAUGUAGACAUGCUGUCUCAGUUAGACCCCACCGUUCAUGACCUGACGUCACUCCAUUCAGGAAUAAUGGCAGGGUCACCAUGCCCUCUCACUCUCCGAGAGAAAGUGAUCAAACAAAUGGAACUAAAGACACUUCAUAUUGCCUACGGCUCAACCGAAAUGAGUCCUGUUGUGUCGUUUACUCAACACGAACUGCUCCAGAAGAGACCAGAAUCCGUUGGAAUUGCUAUGGACCAUAUAGAGGUAAAAAUCGUGGACAAAGAAGGCAAAGUGGUGCCGUUUGGAACGCGCGGUGAACUCUGCUCGAGAGGAUACCAUGUCUUUCGAGGCUAUCUUCAUGAAUCAGAUAAGGUUGGGGAGAUCAUUGAAAACGGAUGGUUCCGUUCAGGCGAUGAAGCUGUCAUGAGUCCUGACGGUUCGCUAACGAUAACAGGCCGUAUCAAGGACAUAAUCAUUCGAGGCGGUGAAAAUAUCUAUCCUGCAGAAAUCGAAAACUUACUGUUGGGAAUGCCACAAGUCGAAGAAGCCUAUGUGUGCGGCGUUCCGGAUGAACGUAUGGGAGAAGAAGUUUGCGUUUGGCUUAGGGUGAAGAAAACCAGCAGUGGUGUGAUCAACGAACAGGCUGUAAGGGACUACUACAGAGGAAAGUUGGCGCAUUUCAAGGUGCCACGGUACAUCGUGUUCACUGACACAUUUCCAAAGACUGCCUCGGGGAAAAUACAAAAGUUCAAGAUGCGAGAAGAAAUGUGUCAAAAAUUGGGCAUUGAUAAUACUGGACUUUAGAGGAAAUAGAAGAGUUCUAUUUACUGAAUGCACCCUCCUCAGAAUUAAGAGGGCAAUAAGAAAACACCAACCUACUACA